AUGUCAAAAGCAACAAGCUUGACUUUCAAUGGAAUCAUUCCCCUGAUUCCUGAUGUACUUAUCGAUAAUUUUGAGACUAUACACGCUAAUAGCACGUCACGAAAUAAUAUCGCCAAAUACUGUAUCAUAUCCCACGCCCACUGUGAUCAUUAUAAAGGGUUAUCAGGAAAAUUUCUUAAAUCAAAAGCUCCGAAAUUCAUUUUAACCAAAACGACCAAGCAUUUAAUUUUAUGUCAUACUAAUACACCCACCAACAUAGAGAAAAAUCUGACCAAUGCAGAGUUUGCGGAGAUGAAUGUCACUAAAGAGUUAGAACCUGGGUUGAAUUACACAUUUAUACCGAACUAUCACUGUCUAGGAAGUGCAAUGGUUUUGAUAAAGGAUUUACGAGGGGGAAAGGCUUUGAGUGUGUUAUAUACUGGAGAUGCAAGGUUUGAAUAUGGCGUUAUCUAUUCAAUACGAACAUCAACAAUACUCUCCCCUUACAUAUUUGGGAGUGAGCCUUUGAAUAUGCUGUAUUUGGAUACAACAUUUUCAUAUAGAAAUCGGAAUAUUGAGAUCUUAGAUAAUCUGGAAGGAAUAUAUAGGCUGGCAAGCUUGAUAAGACAAUAUCCAAUUGGUACUAAGUUUCGUUUUCUGGACACAAUUUAUGGAUUUGAAGAAGUUUGGGUGAAAAUUCAUGACAUUUUUGCCAGCAAAUGCAAUUUCUAUUUUUCGAAAAAUGUUUCGAGGUGGAUCGAAAAGGUAAAGUUGAGUAACAACUGGCUAUAUGAUGAUCUGGAAAAAAAUGUCAACAUGGUAGACAAAAUAUAUAAUUUAGUUCCUGUCAAAAGGGACAAAUUUGACUAUGCAUUUUACAUUGGUGAGAUCGAAGAGUGCGGCAUAAGUGAUGCAAGCUCUAUAAUCACCAUAAAACAUGCCAUUGAUAUGACCAAAACUGAAUAUAUGGAGGUUUACCUGCCACGUGAAAUAAAUCAAUUCGAGGAGCUUAAUUGUCAAAAUCAGGAAAAGGAAAUAUGGAAUGGAAAGUUUUGGUUUAACAACGGGGGUAGAAAGCAGCUUCUCAACUUCAACUACAUUAGAUGCAAGCAGUCUUUUAUGUUCCUACCUCUUCACAUUAAAUUCAUUUAUUCUCGGCAUAGUUCCUAUAGCGAGUCAAAAAACUUUGUUAAACUGUUUAAAAAUGUUCAAGAUAUUUAUCCGAUGACGGAGUCUUUUGACACAUGGCAAAAAGGCUUCAACAUGAAAAACUUUUAUGGAAUCAAUAAUUCGAGUUAUGAUUUAGCUUCAAAUGAUAAAUAUGGUAGUUGCAACCUAGAACUUAGAAGCGAUGACAAUAACCUAAGAAUUAUAGAUUAUUGGGGUUCAUCGAGUGAUCGAUGUUCUGAUGUACUUAACAGUUUCAAUAGUGUAUCCACAGAGGUGGAUUUUGAUUUUGACCCAAUUGGUCAAGUCAUACGCGGAAAAGAGACGCAACUAAGCAGGAAAAGGAAAGAAGGUGUUGCAUUGAAGGGAAGAGUACUUAAGACCCAAAGAAGGGAGAAACGUCGACGCAUAGAAAGGUUUUUGAACAAUGUAGAUACAGUCGGUCCAGCCACGUUCAACCCUCAGAAAUAUGUACGAUGCCUCAGGCUUGACCAUGGGAUAGACAGGGAGCUCAUAAGGUCAUACAGUUUGGAAGAAGAAGAAAUUUUCGACAACAAGAACGUGAUGAAGCUGAAAAGUAAUCUGGAGGACAUUUUAAUAGAUAUUAAUUUUAUGUAG